CGAUAGUCUAUGGAGUAUGGACUCUCUAUGGGCCUACUUGUCUUCCGUCACUGAUUAAAAUGCAAAUAUUUUUUUUGAUAAGUGAGAUGUAAAAGUUAUUAAAUAACGAGCUUGACGAGUCCAAGUUACAUUCGAUCACUUUUGUACAAUAAUAGCCUAAAUUUAAAAAUCGAGAAAAUCCUGAUCACUCUUCAGAAAGACAGAAAGCUAUGGAUAAUGUACGUAUUGUAGCUGUUAACUAAAUUUAAAAUUAACUUUGAAAAAUCAUGUCUCCUCUACCGCAAACCGUCACUGCUUUCGUCGGUGCUGCAGUCCUGGGUGCCGUUAGUGCUGCGGCCGUUUACGUUUUCCAGCAUUAUCAACAGGAAAAGAAUAGACAUGCAAUGGCACAGGAUCUUGUUCGGUUAAACAGCGAACUCACGAAGGUCCGGAAAGAAUUGGAAAAACUAAUGCAAAAACAAAGCGAAAGAAGUGCUAGAGCCAAACGAUUGAGGAAUCCAGGCAAAGCUAAUUCAGUAAUCACUUCUACCACAUCUGAAUUUAUGAGUGCGGGAGAUAUAGAGAGCUCUGACUUGGAGUUCUUUGAUGUCAGUGAUGAGGAGUUAAAUCAAUCAAUGUCCAAUCCAUUUGAUAAGAGAUUCCCUUUUAUGGUAUCCAGAAUGUAUAUUCAACCCGUGAAUGUUGGUUACAUCAAACCGAACAUAUUAAAAAAUUAUAAACUCUCAAAAACAUUGAAGGAUAUUGACAAUAAACUGAAUGAGGGUUUGAAUUUGAAUGAAUGUUUGGAGAAAUUAGAAGAUCUGUGUAUUGAAUAUCCGGAGAAUCCCCAGUUGUUGUGGAGAAUUGGAAAGUGCCACAAUAAAAUCGUAGAUACAUUUAAAGAUGACAAAUCCAAAAAAAAGGAGCAUAUUGAAAAAGGACUUGAAGCUUGUAAGGCAGCUCUUAAGCUUGACCCAAAAUUGGCCGAUGCACAUAAAUGGAUGGCCAUUUUAGUGGGAGCAAGAAGCGACCUUCAACCUAUAAAAGAGCGCAUUCAAGAUGGACAACUCUUCAAACAUCAUGUUGACAUCGCAAUUUCCAUUGAUCCUGCGGAUUCUUCACUUCACCACAUGGUGGGAAGGUUUUGUUAUGAAGUUGCUGGUUUGAAAUGGUAUGAACGUAAAGUGGCAGCUGCUCUUUAUGCAGACCCACCUCAGGCUACAUAUGAGGAAGCUUUGAAUCAUUUCUUAGAAGCCGAUAAGAUUGCUGAUCAUGAAUGGAAAGAGAAUAAACUUUGCAUUGCUAGGUGCUACAUUGCCUUAAGUAAAUAUAAGGAGGCUUUGGAAUGGCUCGAUAAGGCUUCUCAGGUUCAAAAAAGUGAUAUUACGGACGAAAAGGUCAAUGCAGAAGUUGAAACUCUCCUCAAAAAAUAUUCCAAAUAUAGAUAGAUAGGUUAUUUUAAAUAAUUUUUAAUUUUAAAUUGUGUUCAUAUAUAUAUAAUACAUUUUUGAAUUCUUUAUUUUGUGGUAAAUAGGGAGUUGUUCUUCAUAGGUGAAUGGAAAAUUUUCAAAUUAUAACAAUACUUAGGAUGAUCCAUCAUGGAAUCUUAGACAUAUAAAUCACAAAUCAGUGUUUUUAUUGAAUUGUGAGUUUGUUUUUAUUUAUUAUGUCAUGGUUUCUGUAAUAAUUGUUGAAUUUGUUUUUAAAAUGUGUAGUGAUUCAUUUUAUAAGCGUGAAAUUCAAUUCUUUAAUAUGUGGUAAAUUAUGUAACAAAAUUGCAAGUUUUUCAUGGUGAUUUUAUGUGUUGAUUCUUCUUGUUAUGUAAUAUUUACAUUCCAUAUAAUAGAUUGUUCAAAGAAAAUAGAUUUUUAAUAUUUUAAACAA